AUGAGAAUCCCAGCAACGGACCAUGAAUUGAAUACUCUUGACAAUCUUGAAUUCCAGAAUCCCCACUUCAUCAUGGAAACUCUGUCCUCCAACAUCUCCCUAGCCCUACUCAUCUUGAUCCUCGUCUACAUUUGGUCCACUUCCACCACCAUCAUGUCAGGAAACUCCGUCCAUGUUUGCGUUUCAUCGAGAAAACUCAACAAUCUCUAUUGCAUCUCUGCAGGGACAAAGCCUGGAUUCCAUUUCCCGCUCCUCCCCAAUACCUCCAUUGGUACAAUCCACAACGGUAAUAGUGUCAUCAUUGAUACUCGUAGCAUCGAUGUUGCUCCACUAGCCAUUGAAUCAACAACUAUUGGUACUCUUCUUCCAAUUGUAGGAACUGGUACUAAACGUGAUGAAGAUCAUCAUCGGGAUUUUGUUGUAGACGAGGACGUUAUUGAGCAACAUCUUCGACUGCAUCGAUCGUGGUCUUCCGAACACACCGGAUCAACUUCAUCUUGUACGGGAAGAAGGGUUUAUGUGUAUGAUUUGCCAACAAAGUUCAACAAGGACUUAUUAAUUGGUCGAUGUGGAGACAAGUGCUUUGAUAAUGGAGGAUUAGGCAAACCAAUUGAGAAGCUUGACAAAGGUUGGUAUGACACUCACCACUACUUUCUAGAGCCGAUUUUUCAUUCAAGGGUUCUAAACCAUCAAUGUAGGGUCCACAAUGAAGAUGAGGCCAUGCUCUUUUAUGUUCCUUACUAUGGUGGACUUUGGCAUUUGAAAAAUGUGUCAAGGGACACAUUGGAUUUGGAUUUGAUCAAGUGGCUUGAGUCCAAGAAAUCAUGGAGCCACAACUUUGGAAAAGAUCAUGUCUUUGUAUUGGGUUUGGGGACAACAAGGUUUCUGCACCUUGCCCAAAUGAAGAAUCCAACAAAGCUUUUGAUUGAAAGAGAGCCAUGGGAUGUGAACCAGAUUGGAAUCCCAUCUCCAACAUACUUCCACCCACACUCUGAUGAUGACAUACUCUCAUUGCAACUCCAAGCCAUGAGAUCCCCUCGUCGAAGCCUAGUCAGUUUGAUUGGUUCAACCUGGUCUAACCAAUCGUCUGACAGUAAUAAUAUCAUAUCAAUGUUGAUCAAGCAAUGUGUUGGAUUACCUACCGAGCUAUGCAAGUUCCUAGAUUGCGGCUCAGGAGAGUGCAAUAGGCCUGAAUUGGUGAUUGAGCUAUUCAUGGAGUCGGAGUUUUGCCUUCAUCCUCCAGGUGACAGGUUUACGAGGAAAUGGUUGUUCGAUUCACUGGUUUCGGGUUGCAUUCCAGUAUUAUUUAGUCCUUUCACGGCUUACUAUCAAUACCCAUGGCAUUUGCCUGAGGAAGAUGAGAAAUACUCGGUGUUUUUAGAUCAAGAAGAGGUUAUGCAACAAAGAGUUAAUGUUGUGGAAAGGGUGAUGAGGACUUCUUCAAGGCAUAGAGAGGACAUGAGAAGGUUUAUAGUUUAUGAGUUGUUGCCUGGACUAGUGUAUGGAGAUUCGAGCUCGCAGCUUGUCAAGUUUCGAGAUUCAUUUUCCAUUACUCUGGAUAAUCUCAUAAAGUGGGUAAAUCGAUUGGAAUAA